CUCUCCGCAUCAUUGCUUCAAAGAGUCCUGUUGCCGGACUUCAGCUGCAGAGACGGAGCCAUCGUUUGACGGCUCCCUUGAUUGCAUACUCUUCCUUCCUUCAGAUCUGGUCUUCAUUCCGGCCGACUGGCCCCGAUAGCUUGAUGCCGAACGGGUUGCCUACUCUCUACCCGUCGAUUCGCACGUACGAUACCAUGCAGCAGCAGCCGCCUCAGGAUCACACUGCUCCUCUCGAAAUGAGUUUAAGAGAGCAUCUCCUGGCAGCAGGCGCAGGCCAAGUGACGUCUCCCCAGCCGUUGGCGCAACAUCCGCACGGUGGACCUCCGCAGGCGAUUGAUCCAGCCAUCUCUGGCUCCCCGUAUGCCAUGAGCGCCGACACCGAGGGUCACACCAGCGAAGGCCGGAAGGGUCGAAGGGAACUGUCGACCAGCAAACGUGCUGCUCAGAACCGUGCCGCACAGCGAGCUUUCCGUGCGCGCAAGGAGGAAUACAUCAAGCAGUUGAAAGACCAAGUCAAGGGUUACGACGAAUUGGUUGAGCAUUACAAGAACCUUCAGCGGGAAAACUAUCAGUUGCGGGACUAUAUCAUCAGCCUUCAGCAGCGCCUUCUCGACACUCAAGGGGAGGUUCCCCCCGCCCCAGCCGGGGUUAACUUGAGCGAGCGCCAACAUCCGGAACAUCCUGAUCCCAUGAGCCAUCAAGCACAGCAGCCCCAGCAGCAGCAAUCCACAGAAGGUGCCCAGGCCAGCGCGACCGCCAACACCAACGACGGAGGACUCUCAGACCAACAAAUCGACCAGCUCCAGAUCGCCGCUCAAGCCGCGGCGGUAGCCCAGCACGGUCCGUCCGCGAGCAAUGGCAACCAUGAGAACGCUGUUGGCUCAUAUGAUGCAGGUGACUAUGCCAACAAACAUCAGCACAAGCCGGAUGAUUCGACUGCAUCAGGUCAGCCCCUCUCGAGUUACUACCCUGCCUUUCCUACCAAUGAAGCUGCUCAAGUUGCUCAUUCAUAGUAGGCGGUCCUGUCGGCGACGUCUCUGCUGGCUCCGGCCCCCAAGUAUAGGAAAACGCGGAAUUGGUGGAAGACUGGGAGCUCGGAAGUAUUGUCUGGCUUGAAGGU